GAAGCUUUAGGACCAAUAAUUAGGGAUCUCAGGAGAGCUGCUUCUCAGAAUAUCCUGCUUUCUUUAGAAGCAGAUUGUGGCUCGGUCCUGGUGAUAUGUGUGUAUUUUUUAAACCCUCCUUAGAGUUUGAUGGGCAUUCCCAGUGCUUUUGUGCAUGUCUCUACAAAGCGUUGACGUGGAAAGAAGCAGCAGCAGGGGGUGGUGAAAACGGCAGCUCUUCUAAAAAUACUGAGGGCAUGCAGGAGUGUGAGCAGGCUGGGGAGGAGGAGGAGGGUGUGAGAGUGCCUCACAUCAUGUUUUCUGGAUGCCAGCUGGGUGCAGUUUUGGAAAUGUUCCUCCUGUGAAUGGAGGCACCAUGAACAUUUGGGAAGUGAUCCUGGCUUUCUUGAUUGUGGUGCUCAUCCUGGUGUCGUUGCUGUCCAAUGUGCUGGUGCUGAUCUGCUUUUUGUACAGCGCAGACAUCCGCAAGCAAGUCCCGGGAUUGUUUAUCCUCAACCUGACCUUCUGCAACUUGUUGAUGACUGUUUUGAACAUGCCCCUGACCCUGACUGGGAUCAUUUACAAGAAUCCACCUGGAGGAGACAAGCUCUGCUAUAUCGUGGGUUUUUUAGAGACUUUCUUGACCACCAACUCCAUGCUAAGCAUGGCAGCUCUCAGCAUAGACAGGUGGAUAGCUGUGGUGUUUCCUCUGAACUACCAUUCCAAGAUGCGCUACAAAGAUGCUGCUCUCAUACUGAGCUACACGUGGUUGCAUUCUGUAUCCUUCCCUAUAGUGGCAACUUCUCUGUCUUGGGUGGGUUUUCAUCACCUUUAUGCCUCCUGCACCCUGUACAACAAGAGACUGGAGGACAGGACACAGUUUAUGAUUUUCACUGGGGUGUUUCAUUCCCUCAGCUUCCUCCUCUCACUCAUAGUCUUGUGUUUCACAUAUCUAAAAGUGCUGAAGGUGGCACGCUUUCACUGUAAAAGGAUUGACGUGAUAACUAUGCAGACCCUUGUGCUGCUGGUGGACAUCCAUCCCAGUGUAAGAGAGAGAUGUCUAGAAGAACAGAAGAGGCGGAGACAAAGAGCAACCAAGAAGAUCAGUACCUUUAUUGGUACUUUUAUACUAUGUUUUGCACCGUAUGUAAUCACAAGACUGGUAGAAUUGUCAUCUAUAGUUCCCAUCAAUGCACACUGGGGAGUCAUUUCCAAGUGUCUGGCUUAUAGCAAAGCUGUUUCAGAUCCCUUUGUAUACUCUUUGUUACGACACCAGUACAAGAAGACAUGGAAGGACAUCAUAAACAAGAUUCUUAAAAGAAGCUCAAUAAAUUCAUCAGCCCUCACAAGUGAAUCACAGAGUCGGAAUAUUUUGCAAGCAAAUGAAUGAAGAGGCCAGGUUUUGAACUAUUUCUUAAAUGUAGCCUAAUCCUGGUGGAAAGAAGUGGAGGAGGAGUAACUGGUGUCCCUAAUAUCACCAGUUGACAAUAUCUUGGAAAGCCUGCCUUCUAAGUCUUCAGCAACUUAGGUGAUGAUUUUCAUAGCAAAGUUGGCUGCCUUUCAGUACUGAUAUCCAAUAUUGUCUCAGAAAAUCUCCACCAGCUUCAUGAAAUGUGUGUCUCCUCCAUAAAGGCAAAAUCCUCUUUUUUUAAUACAAGUGUGGUUGGGUAUGGGUAAAGAUAAAGGUUGCCUUUACAUGUCCAAAAAUACGCCAACCCUGAAGAAAUGUUGGACCUUUUGUGCCAGUUUUGAUGUGUGACAGCAACAUCUGCUUACUCAUGACCAUGGCAACAUGUGAUCAGAAAGAUGUAGAUAUCCUCCUGAUUGUUUCUGAGACAGUUGGCCAUUCCUAAUUACACAUAAGUCUGAAAGAUCAGAAUUGGUAGUGUUUGACCCAUCUGCUCCAGGCUUGGAGCAAUACUUUUCUCUGUAAAAUGAUAUGGAAAAAAGCUACUACUGUGGCAUGGUCCUGCUUACAUUUGUCAAGCAACACACAAAUUGCCCUUGUAUAUUAAAGAGCAAUUGCUUUCACACAUCAUAAGGGCAUGUCUAGAUUACUCUUAUUUCAGGGACCGGGUGCACUGUUUCAGAAAUUCCAGGUCCCAGACAUAUAGGCUUUACUGACCUACCAAGCAAAGAGUUGAUGCUUGACAGGCACCAUCCCUGGAUUAGGUAAUAUAGUCCGCAUGUGUAUCCUGGAGUAAACAAUUUGUCUUCAGAGUGAAGGUACUCAUCUUUCCCCAGGUCACUUCAGAUUCUCCCCAACAGAGUAUUAGAGUAUCAUACUAUGAAAGCAGGUAGCUGCACCUCAUAGUGAACAAGUUUUCCCCUGUUGCAAUGAUUUUCUGACUGUGAAAAUACCUAAAAUGUUGUUGCGUUAAUUUGUAGGUGUCUAAUGUCUGCAGUGCUCUGGCUUGUACAGGCUGCUGGCAGUCUGGAAUGUAAUACUCUUCACAAGGCAAUAGCUAAUAUUCUUAUAUGUUUUCUACAUGAUAAUGAUAAUGUUCUGAUUAGUGGCUUUGUGUACAGAAAUGCUGUGUAGGUCUCCUUAAUUAAUGCUCAGAACUGGAUGAAGUGUUUGCACAGAUGCCAAAAAGGAUAAUAUUAGCUAGAUCUAUUUUUAUUUUUAAAUUAAGAUAAAAAUGGUUUAUCAUGAACAAUUAAAUUUAAGAGUGAAAACUUCAAUCAAAUGUAUUUUUUAAAAAACUCUAGAAAUAUUUUUGUUUCCAGUGACUAGAAGUCUGUAAACAAUGAACUCUUGGAAAUUGCUGGAAGUGGUUUUAAAAUACAAAAUGAAAGAGGACAAUCUAAUCACUUGCCACAUUUCCCCCUCUUAAUCCUUUGUAAUUCCCCCUCUUGCUGUUUUCCCUUCUCCCAUUGGUAGCCCAUCCCUCCUGUACACUGAUCACUGCAUGAACCUAAUGACAUGCAUAAGGAAGGGACUGGAUCAGAGCUGUAUUUAUUUUAAUAAUAAUAUUUAAUAAUAUUUAUUAAGAACUUUGCACCAAAUAAAAAUACUAUAAUGUUAGAAGGAAACCCCUUCUGUCUUCCAGUUCUGAUGAUAUGGUUAGUUCCUCUAUUUCUCACUGAUUUCUUAAGCAUUAAUAUAUAAGAGACAGAUCAGUUAAAGGUCUGUAGGCUAGUUGCCUUGAGUUGGUUGAUUGAUUGAUGCCUUGAAUUGGAAGGAGAGGAUCAUUUUCUCUUAAAUCCUCCAAAUGAUUUUGUUUGUUUUCCAAAGUUCAGCUUUCAGGAAGUGUAUGAUUAUAUUCUUCAGCCAUAUUGCAUUACACAGAUGCCCAGAUGUUAUGCUGUGGAACAUGAGUCUCUAAAAAAAACCUUACUAUCCAUGCAAAUGCACCUAAUUAACUUUCAGUAAAGGUUAUGGAAUGAUAUUCCCCUAAAUUUUCAUUCAGAGCCCAACUUAAAUCUGAAUACUGUUGCCUCGACCCAGAGAGCUCCUACAAAUGUCAGUGCACCUUGGCUUUCAGACAUGCCUGGGUUGCCCCAUUUAUUCACACACUUCCUUUGAAAUAAAUGCUCUUUCCUUUGAAAUGAAUGAAACGACAACCUUUGUGAAUGCAUUGGCACUCCUGGGUUUGGAGUCUUUCUUUCUAUAUAACUAGAUACUACUUUCAAAUAUGUGUAAAUCUACCAACACUAAGCUUCUGAAUUUGUUUCACAGCACCUCCCUCUUUAAUGAAAGGCUAUGAGAAAGACACCAUUUUCAUUAGCAGUUGUAACUGAGUUUACAAUCGCUUGUAACUGAUUGCAUUAGCUAUAUAAAUUGCUACUAAUUCUAAAUUGCUAGAGAAGAUAAUUCUAUUGACAUUUCUUAGGAGAAUGUCCUUAUGCUUGCAACCACUUCAGUGCUUAUUGUGCUAGCUUCGGUGCCUCAUUCCCCCCCCCCCCAUUCAGUAUUGAUUCAGUCAUACAGUUAACAGAUGAUUUCAUAAUUAAAUGGUUUUAGAUAUUUCACUCUGAAGCCAUCUUCCAGUGAUUCAUAGAAAAGUACCCCCAUCUAUCAUUUUAAUUCUGAGGCUUAUUAAUAACACUCAUCUCAAAUCAGCAAAAGCUAAAUUUGAUACAAGAUGAUCUGGUAUAUGCGAAAUGUUCUUACCUAUUAAUAAGCUGUAAAGAAAAAAUCCCAAGGACAGAAUAUAACUUUUUGCUAUUGUCAUUUCCAGAUAGUAAUUAACCUAAAAUACCAUAUUACUUGGAAAAUCUAUUUGGUUUAAAUAGUCUGUCAUUAUGUGUGAUUUCUUGAGAUCUAUUCCCUCCUUUUAUGUAUUGUAUUACAGUUGGUGCCAGGGACUAAAAUACUCUGCUGCCAAGACUCCACUGUUCAAUUGAUUAUCUUCUCAAAUGGACCAAUCCUGUCCUCAUCUUUGUCAUGUCUCUAGGAAGCGACUUUAAAACCCUUGCAUUUGUCAUAGUGGCAAACAUAAAUGAAGAAAAACAUGAGCUAUGAUUUAGACAAAAAGCAACCCUUUUCAAGUUCAAUUUAAUCCUGCAGGAAAGUUAUGUGUAUGCCACUGAAAUCAAUGGGAUUAGGAAGUGUGUAGUAUUGGUUGGAUAUGAGCAAUAUAUGGACGUGGUAUAUACAUAUUAUCAUAAUAAAUAAUAAUAGUAUCCAGACUUGUAUACAUUUUGGCUGGUUCCAGAAAACCCGCAUUUUUGGUUUGGCUAUAAAAUGUUUAAAGGUUUGUGCACAUAUAUAAGAAAACAUAGCAUGUAGAAACCAAAAUACUUUUCAUUCUUCUAAACUGUAUUUCAGAUUCAUAAUGAUGCACUAGAAACUUUCAUUCUCGUUGGGACAUAUAGAUAAAUGUAAAGUCAUCAUCAAGCUCAAUAUUGUCUACACCAGUGUUUCUCAAUCACCGGUCUGUAGACCGGUGCUGGUCCGUGAGGAGUUGAGUGCUGAUCUGUGCUGGUCCAUGAGGAUUAAUCCCCCCACCAAACAAUUUUGAGCCAGUGGGGGCCACCA